AUGACUCUCUAUAUAUUUUUAGGUCGAUAUGAUUUAUCGGCUAAAAAUAGUGCUGAUGAUAUAACACGUUUUUUUGUCGUUGGUGAUUGGGGUGGUUUACCAUUUUUACCCUAUGAAACACCAUCUGAAAAUGCUGUAGCAAAAGCUAUGGGUAAAUUAGGUACAGAAUUAAACACUAGUUUUCAAUUGGCAUUGGGAGAUAAUUUUUAUUUUGAUGGUGUUCGAUCAGCUAAUGAUCCACGAUUUGAACAUACAUUUGAACAUGUAUUUUCAGCAACUUCAUUACAAACUCCAUGGUAUGUUUUAGCUGGUAAUCAUGAUCAUUUAGGUAAUGUUUCAGCACAAAUUCAAUAUGGUAAAACAUCGAAACGAUGGAUAUUUCCGGAUUAUUUUUAUACAUUUUCACUUUGGCAAAGUGAUAAACAAAAGAAAAUAAUUGAUUUCAUUAUGAUUGAUACUGUUAUACUUUGUGGUGGUACAAAUUUAUCAGAUUGGGAACAUGCUCCAUUGGAGGGACCUGAAAAACCACAUGUAGCUGAAAUUUAUUGGCAAUGGAUUGAAGAACAACUUCAACAAUCGACUGCUCCAUAUUUAAUUGUCAGUGGUCAUUAUCCAAUAUAUUCAGUUGCUGAACAUGGUCCAACACAAUGUCUUCUUGAUCGUCUUCGACCAUUACUUCAUCAAUAUAAAGCAACAACUUAUCUUUGUGGACAUGAUCAUAAUCUUCAACAUUUAGUUGAUGAUAUGAACGAAACACAUUUAAAUUAUUUUGUUGUUGGUGCUGCCAACUUCAUAUCAAAUAAUCAUGAUCAUGCGAAAGAUGUACCACCUAACUCAUUGAAAUUUUUCUGGGCUGGUUCAAUUGUAUUUGGUGGUUUCGGUUUAAUCGAAGUUAAUAAUGUACAAAUGAACUUCUCGUUUAUUGAUCGUUCAGAAAAAACUUUAUAUCAAACAACUAUGAUACCACGUUUUUAA